AGUCUCGCGGUGACAGCUCAGAUCAACGGUUAGAAAAGAAAGGAUUUGCAAAUGGAGGUGGCAGAAAUGAUGAUUAUUUGAACGACAAAAGGUACAUCUAGCCAUGUCUGAGUCUCUGUAUGAGAAGUUUUUAGCUCCAGAGGAUCCUUUCCCUCUCCUCUCCCAAAGAGCCAACCUCAGUGAUGUGGGAACCCUGGAUGUCAGUGACUUUGGCUGUCAACUGUCAUCGUGCCACAGAACAGAUCCUCUACACCGCUUCCACAGUAACAGGUGGAACCUUACUUCCUGUGGGACGAGUGUUGCCAGCUCAGAGUGCAGCGAGGAGCUCUUCUCCUCUGUGUCUGUGGGGGAUCAGGACGACUGUUACUCCCUUCUGGAUGACCAAGAACUGACGUCUCUGGACCUGUUCCCAGAGGGCAGUGUUUGCAGCGAUGUCUCCUCCUCUAUCAGCACCUACUGGGACUGGUCCGACAGCGAAUUUGAGUGGCAGUUGCCAGGAAGUGACAUUGCCAGCGGCAGUGAUGUCCUGUCUGACAUCAUCCCCAGCGUGCCGAGUUCACCCUGUCUGUUUUCCAAGAGAAAGCCAAAGCCGCACCCUCAUCGCAACCUGGAUGAGUUACCAUGGAGCGCCAUGACCAACGAUGAACAAGUGGAGUACAUCGAGUACCUGAGUCGGAAGGUCAGCACAGAGAUGGGCCUCAGAGAGCAGCUGGACAUCAUCAAGAUCAUCGACCCCUGCGCUCAGAUCUCUCCCACCGACAGCGAGUUCAUCAUCGAGCUCAACUGUCUCACAGACGAGAAACUCAAACAGGUGCGUAACUACAUCAGAGAGCACAGCCCGAGGCAGCGGGCCAGCAGCACUAGAGAGGGCUGGAAGAGGAGCAGCCACAGCAGCGCCAGCACCGGAGGAGUCAGUGGAGCAAGCAGCAGCAACGCCAGCAUGGUUAGCUCUGCCAGCUCCUCCACCGGCUCCACAGCCUCCAACUCUGUAGCAGGUGGUACGGCAUCGGCCUGUAGUGGAAGCAGCGUUGCCAACAUUAGCAGAGCUCACAGCGAUGGCAACCUUUCCAGUGCUGCAGAACGCAUACGAGACUCUAAAAAACGGUCCAAGCAGCGUAAGCUCCAGCAGAAAGCCCUCCGCAAGCGGCAGAUGAAAGAGCAGCGACAGGCCCGCAAGGAGCGUCUGAGUGGACUGUUUCUGAACGAGGAGGUGCUGGCGCUGCGGGUGACAGAGGAGGACGACCACGGCGACGACCUGGACAUACUGAUGUGACAGCAGUGAAUCAAUCAGUGCUCCCUCUACGCCUGUCCCCUCACCACACAGCCACCGCCAUAGAGCUCCUAGACCACGCCGCUCCACAUCACUGCAUGCAUUUGCUUCCAGUCCGCUAACACCACGCAUUUUGUAAAAGUAAACGUCUGAUUGGCAGAAAUAGCUUGUAGUAGCCUCUAACAUAGCUUGACCUAUCGCUUGCUGAUACUAGUGUAGUACUGCUAGUGCUAAAACUGAUAGCUGUAGCAAUAACGCAAAAGAAACUGCUUUGAUUAGAUACUGACCUCAGGCCAGCCUGCUGAUAGCCAGUGCUAAUGCUGCAACAACAGAUACACAAAUAUACACUACAAUGGCCAAAUAUUUCAGCUUCUAGAUGCUGUAUAGCCACUGCUACUAAUACAGCCACCGCUGGCAGAAGGACAGAUCAGGCAAGAGAAGCAGUUAAGAGUUUGGCCACAUUACACAGAUGCUGCUCUGCAAUAACCAUGUAUUAUUUCUUCAUAACUAUAUGCCAGCUAGCAAUAUUUGGGCUACGUUUCUGCACAUACAGUCAUGGAAAAAAUUAAGAGACCAGCCUUUUUCUUCAUUUUUUUGUUCAUUUUAAUGCCUGGUACAACUAAAGGUACAUUUGUUUGGACAAAUAUAAUGAUAACAACAAAAAUACCUCAAAAGAGUUUAGGAGCUGAUAUCUAGACAUUUAACAUGUUUUUCUUGAUAAUAACCAAAAUCAUUAUCAAUAAAACCAUGGAAAAUGUCUAGAUGUCAGCUCUAAAAUUAAACUCUUAUGAGCCUGUUUUUGUUUUUGUUCUUAUCAUAUUUGUCCAAACAAAUGUACAUCUAGUUGUACCAGGCAUUAAAAUGAACAAUACAAUGAAGAAAACGAGGGUGGUCUAAUAAUUUUUUCCAUGACUGUACAUCCAUCCUCUACAGGGCUACAUCUGCACAGGCCAAACUGUUCAGAUAAACUGCUGCCGAUAAUGUUAGAGCAUAAAGGCCUACAGUACAAUUAGAACCAAUUGGUAGCAGUUUUAUCAAACAGAUUCACUGUAAAUCCAGAUGUUGUUAUAGGGACACACCUAGGAUAAACGACACAAAAUCGUGAAAUUACAACUUUGACUUGAUAAGCAAUUUCUCUACAAUGCUACAAUGAUACAAUAACUCCCAGAUAUGAAAGAACUGUUUUAAUGGAAGUGAGCUGGUCUGUCUUUCUACCUGCUGAGUGUCGUGGUCCCCUUUUCACCCUAAAGGCUUAGAGGGAGCACUGAAUCUGCAUGUUUAAAACGUCACCCACACACAGUCCCUGUGUGCUCCAAUAACUAACAACUUGCUUCAUUAUUUGCAUACACCUGUUAAAAAAAUAGCUUAUGUGUUGUAAAUAAAUGAUAAAUAACAGCAUAUUUACUGCUUGCUUUAAGGUUUUCCUUGGUGAUAAAGGUUUGAUUUCGAUUUUUUUUCCCCCCUUUAUGUGUAUAUAUAUAGUUAUUAUAAGAAGGUAGUGAACUGAUUGGUUAUCGUAGCUUAAAUGCUGUCAAUUGCCACUGGUUCUUUGCAAUAUUUUGAGUCUUAUUUUGAAGCAUUUAGCUGUUGUGUCACUUGAGUUGGGUCAUCGUGUCAGACAUUUUUUUUUAAAGUCCUUUUUGUUUGUCUGUCAGCACUCCUACUGUGUGUUUAGCCUGAGACAGAACUAAAUGGUCACAGGCUCUCCAUCAUUUACUCCUUUGUAGAUUUUUGAAUGAUUUGACCACCAUGAUAACUUUGAAGCAUUUGAGCAUCAGUGAAGUCUUUAUAAGAAGUUUUUACAGAUCAUAUUGUGUCUGUCCAUGUACGAUAUUGCUGGUUUGGUUUUGGCGCUAAAGUUGAGCUGGUUUCUUCUAACAUUGGCCCAUUAACUUUAAGAAGUGUGCUCAUUUUGCUCCGUAAAAAUCUACAACAAAGUGUUGACGAAGCACUAACACCUCGGCUUUCUGUGGAGUUGUAGCUACCAUGCCGUUUUCAUAUUUGCUAGGAGUAGCAACCACAUAUAUUGUUUUUUGUGUGUGUGUGUUUUUUCCUGUCUUAUCGUGUGAGAAACACUUUCCUGCAGCUCUCAUCUGUAACGUGAUGAACCACUGCAGUUAUCGGGGCUAAAAGCCUGCUGUUAUUUCUAAUACUUUGUCCUUGUUUCAUGUAUAAAGUUAUUAAUUACAGCAAUUAUGUUAAAUGCAGCUUUAUGUAUUCUGUAGUUAUGAAUUAGUAAAACUCUAUUUUGAAAAGUAAGAUAAUUUUGAAAAAAAUUAAAAAUAAACCAGUGUGAUGCAACAAAGGUAUUUGUGUAAAUAAGGCACCAUGUCAUUGCUGAUAAUGAAUGAAAUUGACCUGAUUAAAUAUGGUUAAAAAAAGGUUCAAGUGUAAACCGAACUUUCUGUUUUUCCCUCAGUGUCAUUGUUAGAAUUAUGUAACACCAGUUGAGUUACAGAUUUUAACCAUCCGCUACAAUACUAACGUGUUUUUACAUGUAUUAGUUUCUUCAACACCACUAUGGAGCCGUGUUUCCUGCAGUGAAGCAUAUUGAAUAGCAGAAUGUUGGUGCUUCAGGCAGGACUGUGUGCAGACCACUGGAUGGUUCGGAUCGACUGUAAACUUGAACAAUAAACUUACAUUGUUGCAUCCUA